AUGGGCAAGUUAAUGAAACCUGGGAAGGUUGUCCUUGACCUGGCUGGACGUUGUGCAGGCCGAAAAGCUGUCAUUGUGAAGAAUGUUGAUGACGGCACCUCAGACCGUCAGUACAGUCAUGCAGUUGCUGGCAUUGACCAUUACCCUCGUAAGGUGACUGCCACCAUGGGCAAGAAAAGGAUUGCCAAGAUGUCCAAAAUCAAGUUUUUUGUGAAAGUAUACAAUUACAAUCACUUUAUGCCAACCAGAUACUCCGUUGAUAUCCCUCUCGACAAGGCUGUGGUAAACAAGGAUGUUUUUAGAGACCGAGCACUAAAACGUAAAGCCAGACUUGAAGCAAAGGUUACAUUUUAG